UAAUUCGGUUGUGGGAUUCUGUUCGAUACUCCGAAUUGGUAGGAAGCUUUACGGGUGUCAUUGACUGAUUCGCAGGGGACUGCCAACGUCUGCCGCAAGUAAAGCAAACGCGGCACUCCGUGGUUUUGCAUGCUCCAGCAUCCACAGAACUCAUGCUCCGGUUACAUCAGACUUACGGGACCUUCACUUCAACCCCGGUUAGCGUCCUGCUUCACUAAGAAGAUCAUGAGCAAAUAUAGAAGAAGAUGUGAUCGAAAUAGAUUUUUGCAGAAGAGGCGAGGGAAACGCCCUCGAUCGUGCCACACUUUGCUACGGCCCGAAAUCAGGAGUCGAUUUCCAUGCAACUUCCAGCAUCCUCUGCUACUGUGUGUCAUGUAUCCCGCCGCAUUUCACAUUACUGUAUGGCACAAGAUGAGCUUCCGUUGUGUUGAAAAAAAUCGCACGGACGUCCAUCCAUCUGCCGAGAACCACUGUGGGUAGGAGGAGCCUACGAUGGUUGAGUUACUUGCCCUUCCAAGCAGACCAUGCAUGUCAUGCAUGUCUUCGUGUGGUGACCGUCAUCAUCAACGAACGGAAGAGUUUCUCUUGGUGAAGUAACUCAAGCACUCGACUUCGGUGAGCGAGCUUUUGACUGCGAUGCUAAUCAUGUGCGAAACACGUUGACAGAAGCCAGACAUAAGCCCGAAAGGUCGAUGGAGCGAUAAUUGUCCCGCCGAUGAGAACAUCACGGGAGGUCCCGGAGUCCCAGACCCCAAGCGAGCACGGGCCCGCGUUCAAGGCAUCGCUGCAAUGUAGGUCUGGAGACGCUAGGUCUGCCCACCAGCCACACACGAGCCGAGACAGAAUAGACUCCGGAGUCUCCUGUUGACAGUUCCACCUCAUCCAAUCCGAAGGACGACGCAGAUGAAGGGAGCACCUGGCGCCUUGGGUUGCUCGCUGCCAGGAGGCCCAGGCCCCACACUAUCAAAAGGUGUUUUCUUGCUCUGUAGUACGGUAACAACUUUCGGAGUAACAAGAAGAAAAUGGGUCCAACUCCCUGCUGUAACUCCGUCGGUGUCCGGGUGCUCGUAACAAUCCAACAUAAAACAAGAAAGAAAGGGCGAGCGAGAGGAGCUAUUGAUUGCGUCACCAUCGAGGAGCCGGCACAGCUGGAGGAACGGAGGCACGAGCAUGAGUUGCCGCUGGCACCCCAAUGAUCCACUCGAUUGCCGUACAGUGAUGGUAGUUGUCGUCGUUCUGCGGAAGAACAUGAGUUCAUGUCAGCGCCCCCAUAGCUGGAGGAGAAUCAAUGGUUCUCCAAGUUGGGGAAAUGGUGAAAGAAAGUAAAGAAACGGGAGGGAAGGAGUGAUUGGUGUCCGAGGACCAUCGGACACGGAGGAUGGUCUGAUCGGACGAGGACGGGUCGACGGCGUCGGGUUCCGGGGUCCGGGGCGGAGUGCGAGAUGAAAAUGGCGCAGCAGUCUCCAAAACGACAAGAGGGGACAUGGAUUUUGCUGCUUUGCGAGCAGGCUGUCGACAGACCGGGAGGUACAGUGGUAGCGGGAGAGAAGGGGAGGCAGCGGGGUAGAAAGAGCAGCAGGGGAGCCAGACGGAGCGAAAGAGGGGGACGGAGGGAGCAAAGGGAACAAGAGAUGUGGUACGGUACAUUGUACAGUCUGCCAUACGGGACAGCCAGCAAUGUAAAACAGAUGGUUACAUGCCAGAAGAUAACAAGAAGAUGAGCUUUAGGUGGAGCGAGGGGGCGUAGACGAGAAUUGGGCCCAAAUCCAUCGCAGUAGUGUGUUGGGAAUCGGACUGGCGAGCGCGAGAGAUACAGAGGUAGAGACGGUCAGAAAUGGCCUUAGGAGAGCUCACAUUUCCUACAUGCAAAUGAUGAUAUUCACUGCGAGGGAGCUACGAGUACUCGGAGGGGAGAGACAGGUCGGACGGUAGGUCGUGCUGGUCUUUAUCGAUCGAGGAUGGUAAUGGUUCUUGAUGCGUGAAAGGCGCCUUGCUCGGGCUACUUUGUAAGCAAGGAUCGGAUGGAUUCCGAGUGGCAAACGACUUUGGCUCCCGCUUUCAGGAGAGAGCAGAAUGUUGGCUAAUUGGCGAAUGAGAUAAACGGACAAGCGUUGGAGAAUUAUGUGCCUGUGAUCCUGAUGGCGAAUUCAAUAGAGGGAUUCUUAUUCACUUUCGGGGAGAGCAGAACAAAACACAUCUACUGCCUUUCCAUAUUCUGCGUGCUUACAGGACGUCGAUUUGCUCAGUAUAAACACAAAGGCGAUCUGGUGCCACUGCGAUCAGGUUUACUGGACACUGACCACCGUGUGGAGGAUACUGGGAGACAACUAGUCAAUGGAAAAGUCCUUUAUACUCUCCGUCUGUACGACGUCUCUGACCCUGCCAAGGAAGUCCUUCUUGGAGCUGUUAGUCCAGAAGAGAUUGCUGAAUGGAGGAAAUCAAUCACUUCUGUGCUUGAGAGGCCUAUAGGUGCAACUCCGGAACCAUGGUCACCUGCCGGAGGCUUUGGGCGGAGCUUCUCGAGCGAGGCUUUGAGUGAUAAUGAUAACAACCAGAAGCAUCUGGCGCGGACGACAAGUCCGUCCAAUCUUGGCAAUGGACAAGUUCACAAGGGACUUGCCAGAUUAGUCACAAUCGGCCAAGAGAGUCCGUUAAGCACUUCAAGUGCUGAUGCGCCCGGCGAAGAUGAGAAAGCAUCAUCCGGAGGGUCAACAAGCAAGUGGAGACUCGUACGUUGUGAGAAUGGACUUCGCUACUUUGAGGAGAUUCCUGACACCCCAAAGUGGAAGUUGCCGGUCAUGAAAUCUGUCGGAGUGGUCAAAGCUUCAGCAAGCCAAAUAUUUGACCUGAUUAUGAGCUAUGGACAGGAACGCUCACAGUGGGAUCAUACGAUCCAAUCAUCAAAGAUUGUGGAGACUAUCGAUGGGCAUUCUGAUGUUGUUCACAUAUGCCUACGCCAAGAUUGGAUGUGGCUUCGACCAAGGGAUCUCUGCAUAUCUAGAUACUGGAAGCGAGAAGAGAACGGAGCCUAUGCUGUGUUUUACAGGUCCUUGCCAAAGUUCCCCAUACAGACCUGCCAUGUCAGAGCACUUAUCAACAGUGGAGGGUAUAUUGUGACCCCGCUGAAAGCUAGUUCCAGCGGAAAACCGCGUUCGUUGGUUGAGUAUGUGCUUGAGAUGGAUAUGACCGGUUGUACGUCCUGGAUGAGCAUGGGUCGUUCUGCAUACCCUGCUUAUUUACGAGAUACCCUCUUAAGUACCGUUGCAGGUAUUCGUGAUUACUAUGCUGCUCAACGAGUGGAUUCAACUGUGACAAUUGUGAAGAGGCACAUUGUCGAGUUUGAGGAAGACUGCUCAAGUCCUCGUCAUCCUUCGGAAUCCAUAAAUGACGUCCCCUUUCUUGAUUCCGAUGAUCUAGAAGAGUUUUAUGAUGCAACUAUGGAUCAGCUUUCAGACGUAUCCGAGGGCACAGUUGACACAUGCGAAUUUGUUGUGGAAGCUACUCAUGCCAAGAGCAGUCACAAAAGAGAUGACUUGCCUGAUGUCGAUUGGUCGAUAUUCAAAGGUAAUGUGCCAGUAGGUCCCCAAGAAGGCGGAAAACAUUGCUACUCACAACCAAAUAGCAGCGCUUUCAAAAUUAAAGGGCCGAACUACUUACUCAACGGAGCUCUGGUCCCAGCAGGAGAACCUCUCUGCAAGCUUGUUACGGUUGACUGGUAUAAAGGAAAAGAAAGAAUGGAUCACAUUGCUGGCCGGCCUCAGAACCUUGUUCAGAAAGCCGCUGGCAAGGACGUGUUCUUCUUUGUUGUCAAUCUUCAGGUACCACAAUCGUCACAGAUGAGCCUCGUAUUUUAUUUCGCAACUCAAAAUAUGAUUGCUGAAGGAUCACUGCUUCAAAGGUUCAUCAAAGGAGAUGACACCUUUCGAAAUAGCAGGCUGACACUGAUUCCAGCUAUAGCCGAGGGGUCGUGGAUAAUCAAGCAAGCUGUUGGAUCAAGAGCUGUUACGAUGGCGCAGAUUCUGGAGACCACCUACCACAAUGGCCCGAACUAUAUCGAGGUCGACGUGAACUUAGGAUCAUCUGGUGUUGUUCGUGGGGUCUUGGGCCUCGUGUUUGGAUACAUUACAGCACUCGUGGUCGAUAUGGCCUUCUUAAUCAGGGGAGAUACAGAGGAAGAACUACCGGAACAUCUCCUCGGUGUGGUACGCUGUUCUCGGCUUGAUAUAGACAAAGCCAAGUUUCUUUGAGACAAGCAUUUGUGAAGUACCUCCGAGCAUAGUUCUCAACUACUAACACCACAAUUCUUGGUGACCACCACGCAAAACUUAGAGGAUUAUCGCAGGACUGUAAUUGGUUCAAGUAUCGGGAUACGGAAAAUGUCAUUCAUGUGACGUUUGAAACUACAAUGCAUGGAAUAUGCGUUGCACAUGGUUGAGUCCGAAACUUUGGAUCUCCUCAUAACCCCUCCAUUUGUACAUUUUUCUUUUUUCUCCUCCAUUAGAUUCUUUCAUAGCUGAGUCAUUUGUACUCUGACACAUUGCCAGAUGUUACGCUAGUCAUUAACUUUCCAUUAUUUUUUGACCGCCUUGGUUCAAGACAUCAAUGUAAAUUGAUGGACUAAGGUGAAGAAAUGUCAUCAUAGUGCUUGCAAUCACCCUGAACACUUCACCUGGUGAUCUACACCAUUUUCCAGCAAUUGUGGUGUUGCAACUGUCACAAUCAAUCAUCAAAUUCUGAGCAAGCAUUGCGAUAUUU